CAACUCCACGUAUAAAUCCUGAUUGUGUGAGCAAGUUCUCCGCGCUACGGCCGCAGCGGACAGAGCCACAGCGAGCGCGCAGCAUGGAGCCCUUCACGGUCCCCGGAGCUCAGAUCUCCCUGUCCGACCUCUACUCUGUCAUCCCCUACAAUGUCACCUUCCCGGACGAGGGCUUUUUGGUUGACGACCGGCUGCAGAACUACACGGAGCUGCAGAGCCCGGUGCGGAGCGCCGGGGGGAUGAUCAUAGCCAUUUCCAUCACGGCGCUCUACUCCGUCAUUUGCGUGUUGGGACUCCUGGGCAACAUCCUCGUCAUGUACGGGGUGGUCAGGUACACCAAGAUGAAGACGGCCACAAACAUCUACAUCUUCAACUUGGCUCUUGCCGAUGCCUUGGCCACCAGCACACUGCCUUUCCAAAGUGCCAAAUACCUCAUGAACACUUGGCCGUUUGGGGAAGUCCUGUGCAAGGUUAUAAUUGCCAUCGAUUAUUACAACAUGUUCACAAGUAUCUUCACCCUCACCAUGAUGAGUGUAGACCGCUACAUCGCUGUGUGCCACCCCGUCAGGGCGCUGGAGUUUCGUACUCCAGUCAAGGCCAAGCUGAUCAAUGUGCUCAUCUGGGUGCUGUCGUCAGCGAUUGGGGUUCCCAUUAUCAUCAUGGCUGUGACCAAAGUGGCAGACAAUGGUAAAACCAUGUGCAUGCUGAAGUUCCCUGACCCGGAUUGGUAUUGGGACACAGUGACGAAGAUCUGCGUCUUCAUCUUUGCUUUUGUGGUACCUGUAAUGGUCAUCACCAUAUGCUACGGCCUGAUGAUCCUUCGUCUGAAGAGCGUUCGCCUGCUUUCAGGCUCAAAAGAGAAAGACCGCAGCAUGCGCCGCAUCACCCGCAUGGUGCUGGUGAUUGUGGCUGCCUUCAUUAUCUGCUGGACCCCCAUACACAUCUUCAUCAUCGUGAAGACCAUGGUGGAGAUAGACACGAGGAACCCCCUGGUGAUAGCCAGUUGGCACCUCUGCAUCGCUUUGGGCUACACCAACAGCAGCCUCAACCCUGUCCUCUAUGCAUUUUUGGAUGAAAAUUUUAAGCGAUGCUUCAGAGAUUUCUGCCUCCCCUGUCGCACCCAUGUGGAGCAGAACAGCGUGAACAGAGGCCGCAACACCACCAGGGAGCCUGUGUCAGUCUGUGCUCCAACAGAAGCAGUGAAAAAGCCAGCAUGACUAGGCAUGGACUGGGUCCCUCAUGGCUCUUGCUCAAGGAGGAUCCAACAAGAUCUGCAAUCGGAGGAAACUCAGAUUUCCACCACAGAGUUUUGAGAUAUCUCCACAAGAAUAAUACAAAGCUGUCAAAAUACAGUCAAACUACCAUCAAACAACAUGUCGUCUCCAGUUUGGCUGACAUAUUGGAGAGUCAAAGGAACAGCUAAAAACUAUUGGAAAAUUUGUUUUAAAUCUGAUCUUGCAUUUCUAUUAAAGUUCUGAUAACAAAGCAAGGUUACAGAAAAAUGUAAUCUCCACCGCCAUGAUUUAUCUAGCUAGAAAACAACAAGAUAACUGGACUUUUUCAUGAUGAAAAACGAGACAAGGAAACACCUGCAGGUUUCUGCCUUGUCAAGAAACGAAUGCAUGAGCAGACACAACCCAUCAAAGUGCAUUGUACUGAAUCAGAUAGGCUCUGUCAAGAUGAAUCUUGUGCAACAGUAUAAACAUUGGCCUUUUCAAGUCAGACGUUGGUAGUCUUUUUAAGAAACACUUGCCUGUAUAUUCAAAGACGCAAAAGAGAUAGUGGUGAUGGAGUACUUUGAAGGAAAUUACACAUCAGAACAAAACAUUAUAUCAACACAAAACAAACAGCCUUAUAGAGGUUAGUGUUCCUUUUGUUUUUUCUCUUUAGCCCAGGGAUGGGGAACCUUUCUGAUCAAGAGCCAUUCAGAUACUAAAUUAUUGAACAUAUAUCACACUUACCUCUAUAAUAUGAUGGCUGAAACUGAAACUGUUGCGUGCUGCCCUUCUGUUUUUUUUCAAUAUCAUGUAUAUCAGUAAUUCCCCCUUUAGAAAAAUGUGACUUUGCCAGGUUGAGCAGUAACAAGAAUAGCUAUUAGCUAAACUUGCCUGUGUAGCAUUGUCUCUAUCAAAAUGUGGUCUUGUAAAAGCUGUACUUCGAACAAACAAUCUUCGCUGAAGACCGUUAACUUCAUCCAAGAGCAGUAGUCAUCAAAGAUGAGCUACACAUUUUACCAGCUGUAAAAAUGCUUGAGAUUUGCCUUUUUCGCAACAGUUUGCAUCAUCUUAUCUCUUCUUGACAUCUGCCAUGCUGUUUGUCAGUGAUGACACACACUAGAACAUGUGUGUUUUGUUACUCUGACAGUGAGCUGACAGGCAUACAGCCAGAAGGGAUCACCCUGAGGGGAAGAUAUUGCUGUCAUGAAUGGUUUUUGUAUUUCUGAGUUGCCUAUUUUGUACUGAUGAGAUGCCUUGCUGGCCGGAUCAAACUGUCUUGCAGACCGUAUAUAACCUGUUGGCUGAAGGUUCCCCAUUCCUGCCUUAGACUGAUGUAAAUGUCUGCAACAAUCAACUGUGUUGAAAGUGAGAUUAGUAGCUUUCAUGGAGGGUGUCAGUCUCAAAGAGAGCCUCCGAGCAGAAUCACUGCAGAAUGAUAAAACCUGCCACUGAAGAAUCCUGUUGGAGCCAACAACACUUGACUCCUUAUUGGACUCAGUGUUACAUCAAAUAUAGUCAUAGAGCCUCAACUGAGAGUAGCUCCAUCAAAGUGCUGAUAAAGAUGACUGUCCUGAUGUCAGCAAACAAACUGCUUCAAGAAAGAUUAUUACUCUAUAAUUUAAAUGGGUAUAAAGGGCUGUCAUCUGUCGCACUGAAAAUCUUCAGCAGAUUGAAGUGAUACUGAGUGGCAUUCACCAGAGGGGUAAAUUAUUCUGGGUAAUGUACUUACUCCAAUGGAUCUUCACACUAAUCUCUUUAUAGGCAUAAAUAUAGGCAAUAGGUGCUGUGAAGUUAAUGAACAUUUCAUCUUUGCAUAACCGAUGAGUCAGCAGUAUUAAUGCAGAGUUGAUUGCUGUUGCUCUCAUGUAAAACUAUUUUAAAGGCUUAAUACAGUUGUGUUGACAUGUUAACACAUUAUGUUAAAUAUAUCUUGAAUGUAAAGUUGGCAUUCUGAAGCAUGCAGAAGGAGCACAUUCAAACAGAAAAUAAAUCCAAAUAAAGCCAAGGUAAAUACUUUUUUUGUGAAUUUGUAGAUAAUAUAAAGCUUAUACAAUUCAACAAUUUGUCUUUAGGCAAAAAUAAGUAAAAGAUCAUCCUAUGAUAUUUUGUGCUUUCGUCACACUAGUCUUCAUUAAUUCAGUGCAGUGCAUUAAGCUUAUGGAAAAAACUGAGAACUAAAGGAGGAAGAUUCAGAUUCAACAGUUGCUUGUGGGUUAACUCCAGAGUUACCAACAUAUGACAGAAACACAAGAUUUUCUCUGUACAGCAGAAGAUUGUCAUUUUGCAGUGUGAUACAUUCCUAAAUAUUUGUCUUACAAUGAAAGUGGUUAUUUAAAGUGUACUGUACUCUAUAUACCGACUCUCUGCCUAGCUUUAAAAAAAGGUGCUGCCUCUAUAGUUUUCCUAGCAAAAAAAAAUCAUUUUUUGGGGGGGGAAAGCGCAUUUGAUUAAUCAAUGCUUUCAGAGUAGGAUUAAAGGGCAGGAGUGAGUUAAAUUGAUUUUCUUUAAAAUUAUCACAUGGAGAAGAAAAAUUGUAGGAGCAGAAUUAGCCCCGCUGCUGAUAAUUUGUCAUUCUUAAAUGUUCAAAUUGUUACUGGAUACUGAAUUUGCUCUGUAUGGUCGAUUUGGAAAGGAUCAUUCAGUAAAAUUCCACCAUCUUGUUGCACAAAGUGAGAAUAUCUGAGUAGCGGAGGCAUCCACGUUUUACGAUCAAUGCCGAAUGUCUAACUUUGGCUUAAUGGCUGCGCAGAUUUGCAAUCACUCUCUUUCACACCUCAGGCCAUUCAGUAAUGAAACUCUUCUCCUGCAGCUACCAUACCCUUUGACCUUCACUAUCAUGAAAUAUGGAGGAGAAAACAGCAGCCAAUUAAAUGGAAUGUCAAAAAAAUUCCCAAAUUACCCCCUAAUACACAUAAAUUAGAGUCAUCAAGAAAGGCGGCAGCAGCACACCAUCAGAAGUGAUUACUAAAAUAUUCUGUAUAAUGAGAUUUAAUUCAGUUAAUCAGUCACCAGAACCUUCACCAGAUUUUAUUUGUGAGUAUUAAUGAGAAUUUGAUAAGCAUUGUAAAACAUUCAAUGGAAAAAAAACCUCACAGGUUAAAAAUUAACUGAUAUCAGAAGAAAAACUGACUUGCAUUCCAAGAGAUAUAUUUUAGUUUGUUCUUUAAAUUCUCACCUGGUCACUAUAGGGUUACGUGUGUGGUUAUGGCGCUCAAACACAGGAUCUGUCUUAACAAGGCAAACUUUGAUAUUUUAAUAUGGAUAAUGUGCUUACAUGUAAAACUUGGAAACAGGGUCUGGUUUUUGUCAAUAACCCCAUGAAUGUUUGUGGACAACACUGUGAUUUUUGUGUAGUAACUCAUUAAAGCCUUGUUUUAUCAUGUUCCCUUUAUUUAACUUAGCUAUUGAUGAAUGACACUGUGUGGGUAAGGUGUGUGGGAGAGUUGGGAGGAAAGCACGUAGGAGGUGAGGUAGCAGAGCGGAGGCUGUUGCUCAGAAAGGUUAGAGGAGCUACUGAAGUGUUAAUGAAGACUUCAUAUUACUGAUUGAAUUUUUAAUCUGUCUCCUCUGCUCUCACAUCCUUCUUUACAGUAUUUGUUAUUUACCUUGUAAUAUUGUCAUCAAAUGUUUUUCCAUUUGGUCUAUUUGCUAUAAAACUGCUUUACAUUGUAUACUUAAUACCGAAAAGCUUGUGUGAAUAUAAAAACUUGACAUUUGUGUAAAAAAAAAACAAUAACUACAGUGAAAUGUGUAAGGCAAUUGUCUGCUGAGGAUUCUUGACAUUAUAGUAUGUCAUUUGCUGUGUUAGCUUAUUCAUGUGCAUUUGUUGUAGAAAUAAUUUCUAACGUUUAAAGCCUAACUCAGAUUGUUGUCAAAAUUCAAUAAA